AUGGCAUCAAUACACAGUAUUCCGAUUGAGGUUCUCGACUUAAUUUACAGGAAACUCGACGUCAAGGACAGCGUCAGACUUGGGCGCUGCUGCAAGUCUCUCUAUGCGUCUUUGAUUCCUGAGAUUUACAAGAGCGUCAAAGACGACGUGAGGGUCAUGCUCUGGGCUGCCCACUGGGGAGAAUUGGGCACACUCAAGAAACUCGAGGGCGCCAACUUCGAGAAGACCUGGAAUAAAGAAUUGGUGCAUGACCAUACUGGGCUGACGAAUAUUUCCAGCCAUUAUUCCCAGUCUAGUGAGCCCACUGUUCAAAACAGCGUACAACAGGUUGCCCGAGUAACACGCCCGCGUAUCUUUCCCGAAAAGGUAUACGCAGAAAUCACUUGCACCACGCUCCAUGUGGCUGCUAGCAAGGGCCAUCUUGAAGUCAUCAACUUUCUUUUAGACAAGCAUAUUGAUAUCAAUGCAUUGGGCGAGGACUCUAAUUGGGCCAAUAGUCAGAUUGACAUUGUGCACAGCAGUCUAUUGCCACACAAUCUCAGCGAAUACAAUAAGACUGGUAAAUGGACACCGCUUCACUUUGCCAUCUGUAAUCGCCAUCUGGAGCCGGCGAAGCAGCUCAUGUCUCAGGGGUCUUCAAUUCGCGUCGGUAAACGAUCUAUCACUUCCGAUAGACGACGAUAUCCAACAGCUCUGCACAGCGCUGCGGCGGCUGGCUGUCGAUUAGUUCUUUCUGCAGUAGUUGGCCACUUCUUGCCCGAGAUUGGGGACAUUGACCUGGUUGAUGACAAGGGGUAUACAGCCCUUAUUUGGGCGUUCAAGUACAGAAAUUGGGACGCAUUUGAAUUCCUGCUUGGCUACGGCGCCAACAUGGCUCGUGCUGUUGAUAUGGGGACAUCAAUGAUUCAAAUCUCAUGCAAAUCAUUAGAUGUCGAUGCAGUUCUCUUCUUGCUUAGAGUAGGUAAGGGUGAGGCCCUACCAAUCCGACAUAUCACGCUGGCUUUGCAUAACCUCAUCCGCUCGUUUUGCGCAGUGUGGCAUCCAGGCGGGGGAGAUCUCAUCCCAGAGCGCGAGGCGAAGGUUGAAUCCAUUAUCAGGAUCCUCUUGACACGAGGAGCCCAGAUCCAGCCUCCAAUGGAUCCUUUCACCUCUUUCCAACUUCCCUUGGUUGCCAUGGCGAGGUGCUGUCGGUCUGGUAUUAUCAGGAUAUUGCUCAAUCACGGUGCAAACAUUAACGCCCAUCAGAUUGAUGGUUUGACGGCACUCCACGCGGCGUGUUCUGCAAUCGCCCAGGAGCCAAUGUCACGAGUGUUGGCGACUGUCAAAUUUCUCCUGCAGCGAGGAGCCUCGCUCCAAAACACAAGUCCCGGCCCAACAGUAUUUGAUCAUCUCUUUCAAGCCCUAUACUGGUGCUACUCUAAUCAACGCGAUCCUGGUGGGGGUGUUGCAUACUUGCUCCAUAUAUUGUUGGAUUACGGUCUCAAACGUGGUACUGUACGGCCCAGCUGUCUGGAUCAAUUUUUGGACUACUUUCGAAUCAAUCGGUUCGAUUGUUGUAGAAUCCUGGCCAGGCACGGGGCUAUAGUACCCAAGCCGACACUCGAAUUCAUGAUUAUGCACGCCAUCCAGGAUGGUGAUGCCGGGGUAUUAAGGUUCGUCUUUUCCCUGGAUGGCGCCGACGGUAGUCUCGUAACGGACGCCGUGAUGAACGCCGUGAUGGAGCAGGCUUCCAGCUGGAGGAGAAACGAGAUGAUUGCCUUCUUGCGAGGCAUUGACACAAGACGUGCUAGGUAG